UGAAAAAUUAGCACACGCAAAAGAGGGAACGAUGAGUUUUUUGGCCGGAAGAUUGGCCGGGAAGGAGGCGGCAUACUUCAUUCAGGAAUCGAAACAAGCGGUCGGCCGCCUUGCUCAGAAGAACGCCGCCCAGAAACCACCGGCACAACCACCGUCUUCGGCCCGGAAACCACCGGACGGUGAAUCUCAAGCCGACAUUCUUCCAGAGGUUUUGAGGCACUCUCUGCCAUCUAAAAUCUUCAGGGAGGAAUCGGUGAACUCCAAUGGAUCCUUCUCUACUUCGAAAUGGGUUCUUCCUUCUAACCCUAAUUAUCGGUCUGUAUCUUUGGAUGCUCUGAACCCUCUUAGGGCUUUUCUCUCACUUCCCCAGGUUACGUUCGGCCCCAAAAGGUGGGAAUUGCCCCAAUAUGAAAACUCAGUAGUGGCCUCAACAGCUAACGACUUAAGAACCGACAAGCACACCUCUAUUAAUCCUAAGAAGUUGAAGGCUGCUGCUGAAGGCCUUACAAAUGUUGGAAAGGCAUUUGGUGUAUCUACUGCGCUUGUCUUUGGUGGCUCCACCUUCAUCUUUGGGUUCACCAUGUCCAAGCUAGACCUCAACAAUGCCGAUGAGAUUCAACAAAAAGGAAGAAGCAUGAUUGAACCAAAGAUAGGGAUGGUUAGAGAGCAACUAGCUCCCCUCAAAGUCUGGGCUGAUGAUAUGUCGAAGAAAUGGCAUGUGGACAGAAAUGAAGAUAUCAAAGAGAAGCCUCUCAUAAAGGAACUCUCAAAGAUUUUGGGUUCUAAGACUCCCAACUGAACUGUAUAAUUUUUCUUGACCUUCUGUUGUUUAUCUUGUAUGUCUGUAAAUGACAAGUGUAGAAUGCCACUGCUUGCUAGCUAAGUUUAUAUAGAUGUUCCAUGUUGAUUUUAUGCCUGAGGUUGAAAAUAUAAGACGUCCCAUGUUC